AUGCAACUAUAUGGUCAGUCAAAUCAUCUGAAUCUCUUCAACUCGAGGCCACAGCCUAAGAAGAAGCGAAAAUCUCGAACAGCCUUCACCAACCACCAGAUCUUUGAGCUGGAGAAGCGAUUUCUGUAUCAGAAGUACCUCUCGCCUGCAGACAGAGAUGAGAUCGCGAGCUCUCUAGGUCUCUCCAACGCUCAAGUCAUCACAUGGUUCCAAAACAGACGAGCGAAGUUGAAACGAGAUAUGGAGGAAUUGAAGAAAGACGUCGAAAGUGCUAAAGUACUGUCAGCUCACAAGAGUUUCUUAGAAAACGUGACUGAUCUCGGCAUUCUCAAGAAGAAGGCCAUGAGCAUAGGAGCCAGUGAGGAGGCGGCGACAAAUCUAGUAGUGAACGCGUCUAAAUGA